AAAUGUUUUUAAUAUUAUUUAUAAAAUUCGUAUGAAAAAUAACAUAGAGUUGGGUCUUAUAACAGCUUGCUACAAUCCUUUCUUGUGGAAAACUUAUAUCUGAAAAAUGAUUAGUUAUUUCGUAGGGGAAAAACCUACUGAUCAAGGUUAUAUUGUGACAUAUUAAUAGAUAAGAAGUAUUCAUGUUCGCGUAACGCACGAUGCCUGAAGUUUAUACAGCUUUUGAAAACGAGGACUUUUUCUCUUCUGGAUAUGAAUUACAAGCAAUGAACACUCGAGGUAUUUACAGUCCAAGCAGUGGAUCCCAAGAGACAGCAAGUGUUAGUUCAUCUAUGUCUGUAUUGUCAUCAUUACAUGAUAAUGAAUUAACUGACAUAACAGUUAUUGGAGAUCCAUAUAUAACAAUCUUGGAACAACCUACAGAAAAAUUUAGAUUUCGGUACAAAUCUGAAAUGGUAGGAACACAUGGAAGCUUAGUAGGAUCAAAUCGUAAGAAUGUACCAACAGUACAAUUACAUAAUUUUCUGGAUCCUGCAGUAAUACGAUGUACAUUAGUUACAUCUGAUGAAGGACUUUCCAGAAUUCCUCAUGCUCAUAAAUUAAUCCGUAGAGAUGGUGGUCAAGAUUAUGAUGAUCCACAUUAUAUUACAGUGUCUGCUGAAACUGGAUAUACUGCAAUAUUUCAGGGAAUGGCAAUUAUACACACUGCAAAAAGGCAUAUUAGAGAUGAGCUUAUAAAAAAGAUGAGACUAGAAGCUUUAGAGAAAAAGAAAAAUACAAAUAUAAAGGCAAUUCUUAAUAGUAGAGAAGAAGCACAAAUUAAAGUUGAUGCUGAUCACUAUCAAAAACAUAUGAAUUUGAAUAGUGUUGCACUUUGUUUUCAAGCAUUUGUCACAAAUCAUUGUGGAGUAAUGAUACCAAUAACAGAACCUGUAUAUUCACAAACUAUUAAUAAUCUUAAAAGUGCAUUAACUGGCGAGCUUAAAAUAUGCAGAAUGGAUAAACUCACUAGUAGUGUUGAAGGAGGAGAAGAAAUAUUUAUACUUGUAGAGAAAGUAGGAAAAAAAAAUAUCAGAAUAAAAUUUUUUGAAUUAAAUGAGGAUGGUUGUGAAAUUUGGAGUGCAUAUGGACGUUUUUCAGAAUUGGAUGUACAUCAUCAAUAUGCCAUUGUAUUCCGAACUCCACCAUACAAAGAUCAAAAUAUUACUUUACCGAAAAACGUUUUUAUACAGUUAGAACGACCAUCUGAUGGAGAUUGCUCUGAUGCAAGAAAGUUUACUUAUAAACCAAGUGAUAGAAUUAUAGGUAGAAAACGUCAACGAAUAUCUUAUUCUGGGAGUUCGGAAUUAUCAAAUAUAUUACCAAAUACCAAUUCCAUUGGAAACGAGAAUAUAUCAGAACUCUUAAAUAAUAGCAACAGCCACGAAUUAUCUAAAGAAAUAAAAAAAAUAUUGUCUGAAGGUACUACAACGCCAGUAUGCAAAGAUUUUCUCAGUGAUAUAGAUGUUGAUAAUUAUUUAAAAUUAUUAUUAAAUAGUGAAGAGAAUAUGCUAGGCACUGACGGCCCAUCAAUUGUACAAUACCAAGAUGAUGUAAUGUUUGCUAAAAAUAUACUUACUGAAAUUAUGCAAUGUAUGAAAAUGGAUGCGAAAAAUAUGGAGGAAUAUAUCCAGAAAUUACUUAAAGAUCGAUCGACAUAUGGGGAUUCCCCAUUACAUUCAGCACUUCGAUAUGGUCAACAUAAUAUUGUCAAAUAUCUUUUAAUGUUAUUAUGUACUAAUAAGGAUUGUAAGACGCUAAUUAAUAGUCAAAAUAGUUCUGGAAAAACUCCACUGCAUUAUGCUGUUUUACAAAAUCAACCUGAAAUUACAAAAGCAUUACUUAUGCUUGGAGCUGAUCCUAAUCGAACAGAUGAUCACGGAUUUUCUCCAUUACAUGUAGCAGUAAAAAUAUCUGAUGCUGGUGCAUGUGUUGAUGUAUUAUUAUCUGAAAAAGGAAUAAAUAUUGAAGCAUAUAAUGAUGCUGGAUGGACGGCAUUGCAUCUUGCAACCAAAGCAGGAUCCUAUGAUGCAGUAUGUUCACUUGUUCAUGCUGGUGCAAAUGUAAAUAAUACUGAUAUGUCUUAUGGUCGAACUGCAUUGCAUAUAGCUGUUGAAGGUGGACAUAAAAAGAUAGUUGAAUAUUUACUUAAAAAGACAAAUAUAUCAGUAAAUAAAAGAAAUUUUAGUGGAAACACUGCAUUACAUACUGCAGUUGUACAUACGGGGACACGAGCAAAAGAACUAUGUGCAUUAUUAAUACAACAUGGUGCAGAUCCAUAUAUUCAAAAUCAUAAUCGAGAGUCAAAUGAUGUGAAUAAAAAGAAGGAAUCACAUGUCAAUGUAAAAGUCGAAGUGCAUUCAGAAGAUGAAAAUAUAGAAGGAGCGAUUGGACAAUCAUCAUUUGAUUUAGCUAUGAAUAAACCAGAUAUUUUACAAGUUUUUAAUGGUCAAUCUGAGAAAACUACAAAUAAAAUGUGUUUAGUUACUACAAAAUUAGAAUUAAAACAUGAAGAUUUAGAAACAAAUUGGUUAAACAAUGAGCACAAAGAAAAAUUAUCUAUCCUAUUAGAUAAAACGCAAGGAUGGCAAAAACUUGCAAAACAAUUAAAUAUUGAGUACUUGUUACAAACAUUUCAACAUAAUUCGAUAAGUCCUUCAUUAGGCCUUUUAAAUUACAUCGAUGUGGAGGCAAUCCUAUCCCUUAUGGAUAUGCAAACAGUAUUAAGAGAAAUUGGAGAGGAAGAAGCAGCAGAUUACAUAAAUGAAAUUUCAUCUAUUUGUUCAUAGAAUACAUCCAUUUAUUUCUA